UACGAUACUCUGUUUACAAACAGGAAGAAAUGUGACACAGUUAGCUUGAAGCAGCCUCGAAUUAAUGAAGAAAGUAGUCGUCUAGACAAUUUUUGAAGUGACUUGGGUAAUGUUGCCGAAUUGUUAAUCUUAAAUAACAAGCUUUCGUGUGUCUAAAAGGUAAUGCAGAUGGUGACCGAGGCUAAGGCUUGAUAGCGCUGUUGAUCUAGCCCAUUCUUAGCUUAGCUAACUUCUUUGCUAAGGCUACAAAGAAUGGUUGUCAGCUCUUACUGAGAUAGAUAAAUUGCCAACCUGGAAAUUGUAUUUGGUUGAAUAUAAUAUUGUAAACGGUGUUUCAGAAUUAACCAGAAAAAACAGUGUCGACUAUUUGACAGUUAGCUGCAUUAGAAAGAGCUGUACUGCUUGUUUGAAUUAGAGGAUUAGGGCAUUAGGUUUAGUAAUUACUCAGACCGUCAUAACAGUGAACUGGUUAAACUUACAGCUUACCACAACUCCUCACUCCUUAUGGCUGCUUUAGGCUUUACUCCUGCCAGCGGCCAGGAUGUUUUCAGCAUUGAAACACGUGAACAGUCAAGCUUCACAACAAGCAGUGCACUCAGUGGCAAGGAGGCCAGGAAGUUCUACGAAAGUUUAGUGAAUGAUGAUGAAGGGCAAGAUGUGUCAAGAAGUGCUAUUAGCAAGAGAGAGAAUGGCAGAGAGCAACAGAGGAACAGAGAGUCCAGUAGACGAACCAGAAGGAGAGUCAGGCCUGUGGAGAUGCAGCCAGAUCAAACCGACCCUGUGGUGCAAAGAGAGAUUAGUGGUGAACGUGAAGACAACCGAAGACAUGAGACAAGUAACUCAGAAAGGUCCAUGGAGCUCAUGGGGCUGAGGUUGCUGCGCUGUGCCCAUGAGGGGGACAUCUCCAGCCUCAAAGACCUGCUCUCAAAGGGGGUCGACAUCAACUUUCAGGACACUUACUUCUGGACGGCGAUGAUGUGUGCAAGCUGGUCGGGACAAAGAGCAGCGGUGAGGCUGCUGCUGCAACAUGGGGCAGCCUGGGUUGGAGUGGUUGAUACACAGGGCAGGGAUGCCAAAGACCUGGCGCUGGAAGCAGGCCACAAUGAGGUGCUGGAGGAGUUGGAGAGCUAUGGGAAAUGUACACAGAGAAACACACAAUCUGGUAGCAGUGCCACCCAGCCUCAGUGGUGCGAUGUGUGUUGUAACAAGUACAGCAGCAGCCUGUCAUCACAUCUCUCCUCCACUCUACAUCAGUUCAGUUUGCAGCAUCCCCCACCCACCCCUUACUACUGCCUCCCCCCCUCCAGCAACAGCUACAAGAUGAUGGUUCGGUGCGGCUGGAAACCAGGGGCAGGGCUGGGGCCACAGGGUGAGGGGCCUAAACAACCGGUGUCAACUGUCCUGAAGAGAGACCAGAAAGGCCUGGGGUAUGGACAGAUGAAAAGAGCCAAAGUUACCCACUUUCAAGCCAGGGAUCAUGACGCGGUGAAACCACCACGCAAGGAGGAAGACAGGAGAGGAGGAAAAGGACAGAGGAAGGAAGAAAGUAGAAGAAAGGAGCAAAGAGAUAAGAACUGGGAAAGAGAUUUUCGUGCCUCUUUUUAUCUUUGACUCCUGCUCACAGUGACUUUUCUACACACCCGCCCUCCCAAACUCAUCAAGCAUCUCUUAAACAUUAACCAGAUCUGGCACGAAGAUGAGCUGUAACUGUUUUUUCUCUCUUAGUUGUUUUUACUGAGAGCAAUACAUAUAUACCAUGUUACAUCUUACAUCUCUUCUUCAUUUCUCCUUUUAUUCACACAGAGUGAACAGACAGAUAAGAUAAAAAAAAAACAAAAGAAAGGAAGGGGAGAAACAGAAAGAAAAGGAGCAGAGAGACGACAGGGGAGAA